GACAAUUAUUACGACUACUUUCUCCCUCUUUUUCUAUUUUUUUUUUUUAAAAAAAAAAUAAAGGAGUCUUUGUUUAUAUAUAAUAAAUAAAUAUAUAAUGUCUUGGGAUUCUUCUGCAGUCAAUUUUUCUUCUGGUGGUGCACAAAUGGACUUCUCUUCUGGUAAUGCUCAAAUGGAAUUUGGUUCUGGUGAUGCUAGCGUUAAUAACAACGCCAAUUAUGGCAAUGGUAACAAUGAUCAGGGUGAAUUCUCUCAACCUAAUAAUGAUUAUAGACAAGGUAGUGAUUCACGUCCUCCUCGUCCUGAACCUACUGAAGAACAAUUACAACAUAGAAAUUAUAACUGGGCUUCUAAUCGUGCUCGUUAUGAAUACAAUGAAAAUGCAAUUGGUGAAGAUGGUAUGGCCCCUCGUGAUCCUACUCUUGAAGCUGAACUCUUUGAACAAAAUGCUGCUGAUCAACAAACCCCCCUUGACUUUUCAAAGUAUCAAAAAAUUCCUAUUCGUGUAGAACGUGGUCAAGCUCCUCCCCCUAUCAAAAGCUUUGAUGAGGCUGAUCUUCAUCCUGUCAUGAAGGAGAACAUUAAACUUGCACAUUAUGCUGUUCCUACUCCUGUUCAGACAUACUCUGUCCCAAUUGUUACUAGUGGUAAAGACUUGAUGGCAUGUGCUCAGACUGGUUCUGGUAAGACCGCAGCUUUCCUUAUUCCUACCCUUUCCGCCCUUUUUUACAAUGCCAGAGAACUUCAAAAACCUAAACCUGCCCCUUAUGAAUACAGAUCUUAUAAGGCUGAGCCUCUCGUUCUUAUUAUUGCUCCUACUCGUGAACUUUGUUCUCAAAUUUUCGAUGAAUGUAGAAGAUUCACCUACAGAUCUUCUCUUAGACCUUGUGCUGUUUAUGGUGGUGCUGACUCUAUUGGUCAGAUUCGUCAACUUGAAAGAGGCUGUGAUGUUUUAGCUGCUGCCCCUGGUCGUCUUAUGGACUUUAUUCAACGUGGUAAGGUUGGACUUAGUAGAGUUAAAUAUCUUAUUUUAGACGAAGCCGAUCGUAUGUUGGACAUGGGUUUCGAAGCUGUUAUUCGUACUAUUGCCUUGAAGAGUGGUAUGCCUACUGAUAGACAAACUCUCUUGUACUCUGCUACUUUCCCUAGAGCUAUUCGUGCUCUUGCUCGUGAUUUCUUACGUACUGAUUAUCUCUUCUUGAAGGUUGGUCGUGUUGGUGGUACCUCUAACUCCAUUACUCAAAAGAUUAUGCACGUUGAAGAGGAUGAAAAGAGAGAGGCUCUUCGUGCAUUAUUAAAUGCUCAACCUCCUAGCCGUACUCUUAUCUUCGUUGAAACCAAGAGAAGUGCUGAUAGUUUGGAUCAUUAUCUUUAUGAACGUAACUUCCCUUCUACUUCUAUUCAUGGUGAUCGUACACAAAUGGAAAGAGAAGAUGCUCUUCUUGCUUUCAAGAGAGGCAAAUGCCCUAUUUUAGUUGCUACCGCCGUUGCUGCUCGUGGUAUCGAUAUUCGUAAUGUCAUGCACGUUAUUAAUUAUGAUAUGCCUCAAGAUAUGGAUGAAUAUAUUCAUCGUAUUGGUCGUACUGCUCGUGUUGGUAAAUCUGGUUUAGCUACAUCUUUCUAUAAUGACCGUAGUGCCGCAUUAGCUCCUGAGUUGACCAAAUUAUUGAAGGAAUGUAACCAAGAAAUUCCUGAUUUCUUACAACCCUAUGUUACCGAUGACUUAACCUUUGAUGAAGAUCUUGAUGAUACUGGUGUUGAAGCUCCUGCUUAUGCCGGUCAAGAAUACGUUCCUAUGGAAAGAAACACCCCUGGUGCUCCUCAAGGCUUUAAUAAUGCUGAACCUACAGGCGCAGCUGACGGAGCUUGGGAUUCUGGUAAUAACGCUAAUGAUAGCUAUGGUGGUGGAAGAAAAUCGAAUGGUCGUCCUGGUGAUUGGGAUUGUCCUGACUGUGGUAUUUCUAAUUUUGCUUCUCGUUAUGAAUGCUUCAAGUGUGGUACUGCUAAACCUGAAGGUGCUGGUGGAGAAUUUGGUGGUGAAAGACGUGCUCCUCGUCCUAAGCGUGAUGGUGAUUGGGACUGCCCUGACUGUGGUAUUUCUAAUUUUGCUUCUCGUUAUGAAUGCUUCAAAUGUGGUACUGCUAAACCUGAAGGUGCUGGUGGAGAAUUUGGUGGUGAAAGACGUGCUCCUCGUCCUAGACGUGAUGGCGACUGGGACUGUCCUUCAUGUUCUGCUGUAAACUAUGCAUCUCGUACUGAAUGCUUCAAAUGUCAUUCUUCUAAGGGUGAAGACAGUGGCGCUGGUGGUUAUGGUGGCUAUGAUAAUAGCGGUUAUGAUUCUCAACCUGCUGCUGAAUCUUCUAAUUUUGACUCUGGAAAUUGGGAUCCUAAUGCUGCUGCUGCUGGCUGGGGAUCUUCUGAACCUGCUGUCGCUACCUCUGCUCCUGCUGCUGCUGGUUGGGGAUCUUCUGAGCCUGCCGCUACUGCACCAGCUUCCAAUGGUUGGGGAUCUUCUGAACCUGCUGUCGCUACCUCUACUCCUGCUGCUGCUGGUUGGGGAUUUUCUGAGCCUGCCGCUACUACACCAGCCUCCAAUGGUUGGGGAUCUUCUGAACCUGCUGCUCCUGCUGCUCCAGCUUCUAGUGGUUGGGGUCAACCUGCCGCUACUAGCCCUGCUCCUGCCUCAGCACCUGCUCCUGCUCCUGCUUCUAAUGGUUGGGGUCAACCUGCCGCUACGAGUUCUACUCCUGCCGCUUCUGGUAAUGAUGGCUGGGGUGCAGCUCCUGCUGUUACCUCUGAUGGUUGGGGAGCACCUCCUGCCUCUGCUAACGGUGCUGGUUGGUAAAAAAAGACCAGAUUUGCUGCUUAGAGAUUCUUUUAAGAAAAAAAAGUUUGACUCAAAUAUAUAUUAUAUAAAACACAGUAUUUGCUAGACAUAAGGAGUAAAAAAUACACAUGUAUAUUUAUGUCUUUAAAAUGUAUAUAACAUAUUUUAUUUCCAUUUUUAACAAUAAAAGAGUAAAAUUAUAAAAAAAAA